UGAAACUAACCCUGUCACGCAGCCAUGGCCGCAGACAGCCCUGUACUAAGUCUCCAGGAUGAACUCUCUUGUUCCAUCUGCCUGGAGUAUUUCAAAGAGCCGGUGUCUAUCCACUGUGGGCACAACUACUGCCGAGCCUGCAUCAGUCAGUGCUGGGGGGAGACAGAUACAAACUUCUCCUGCCCGCAGUGCAGAGAAACGGCCCAGCAGAAGCUUUUCAGGCCCAACAGGGAGCUGGGGAAAGUUGUGGAAAUAGCCAGGCAGCUGAGUUUCCAGGUCACGGUGACCGCAGGAGGGGAGCAAGGGUGUGAGCUACACCGGGAGGCCCUGAAACUCUUCUGUGACACGGAUCACCAACUGAUUUGUGUGAUCUGCAGAGAGUCGCAAGUUCACAGAGCUCACACUGUUUUCCCAGUAGAGGAGGCCACCCAGCAGUACAAGGAGAAGACAGACGCCCAGAGGCAGAAGAUUGUGUCUGAAUUUGAGCGGCUGCGCCAGUUCCUGGAGGAACAAGAGCGACUCCUGCUGGCCCGGCUGGCAGAGCUAGAGAAGGGGAUGACAAAGAUGCGGGAUGAAAAUGUCACCAAACUCUGCGAGGAGAUUUCCCGUCUCAGCGAGCUGAUCCGUGAGAUGGAGGGGAAGUGCCGGCAGCCAGCAAGUGAAUUCCUGCAGGAUGUCAGAAGCACCCUGAGCAGGUACGUGGCAUCUUCUCAGUCCCCUCUCACACUUCACUGUGCUUGGGCCCUUGUCCAAUCCUCAUCUCCUUCACAGACAACAGCAAAGCAUGCAGGGCAGGUAUUCAGGCUUGGGCUGAAACUUGGGCUUGAUGCUCUUUAAUUAUUAACCUGAAUAUAGGAAUAUGCUAUAAAAACUCCAUGGCCCACCUGUGCCACAACAACUGGCACUGUCUACACCAGGGGUUAGGUCAGGGGUAUGGAUUUUUCACACCCCUGAGUGAUGGAGUUAUACCCAUAUAAGUUUGUAGUGUAGUCCUGGAAUUAAUCCAAAGAGUGACAGAGCUGUAGUGAUCUGUCAACUCAGAGUGUCUGUCAGGGUGGACCCAAAGUGUGUUUCAGGAUUCUGGCCCUGUCAGAUAUCAAACAGCAAAGAGAUGGAAAAUUUUCCUGUGACUUUGCUUUAUUUCCAUCAUUCAGCUUCCAAGCCCACAGGACUGAGCUUUCUUGCAGAUAGCAUUUCCAAGGUGCAAUAGGGCCGUUAACCAAUCCUUUGUAUUGUGAUGUUUCUUGAUGGCCCAUCUGAUUUUUUUUUGAUAGUCCUUCUGGGUGGGCUGGGAGGACGAUUCCCAUGCCUGGGUUCCCAAAUUCACAGCAAACCUUCUCAAAGUUAUAGAGCAAAACCUACAUAUUUUUAUAGCAUGGAAUAUCGACAUUACAAGUGAGACUAAUGCAUGCAGCAAUUUACAAGCAUUUCACAGAAUCUAAAUACUAAAUACAUUCUUAUAAGACUAAUAGCUAUUCUGAGCAAAACUAACACACAAGUGAACUGGUCUGGUCUCAAGCUAUGAAUUUGCCAGUUCUUUGCUAAUCCCUGCAGCCUGGGCAACAGCUGGCAUCUGGCCUGCCAGCAUCACAGGGGUCACUCUAAGAGAGCCUUGCUCUGCCAUUGGUUGGGCUGGACCUGUUCUGAGGCUGGGUUACACAGAGAAAUGUGCUCAACUUAACAGCUUUCA